AUGGCGCGCUGCACGCACAAAGGCUGCGGGAAGGAGUUCGACCCCGAGUCGAACCCCGACGGCGACUGCACGUACCACCCAGGCGGACCCGUGUUCCACGAGGGCCUCAAGUCAUGGUCGUGCUGCAACGAGAAGAACAAACCCGUCAUGGAGUUUGACCAGUUCAUUGCUAUCCCCGGCUGCACGAAGGGAAAACACACCGACGAGGUGCCCACGGCCGCCCCGGCACCUAAGAAGGAGGAGGUCGAGGCGCCGACUGAGAAGAAGGGUGGUGUGGAGACGUACGGAUCUGCCCCGGCUACUGCUCCCGCCUCGGGAACUGGAACUCCGGCGCCGGAAGAGCCUGCAGACCAGACUCCCGCUGUGACGGUCGCGACGCAGAAGCAGGAGCCCGAGCCGCAGGUCGAGGAGGAGGACGACCCGGACAUCCCGGUGCCCGACGGCGCGCACUGCAAGCACCUCGGCUGCAACGCUGUGUGGAAGGGACAGGACAUUUCGAGGGGUGACGGACCCGAAGCUGUGUGCACCUAUCACCCGCAGAAGCCAAUCUUCCACGAGGGCUCCAAGGGCUACCUCUGCUGCAAGCGGCGCGUGCUCGAGUUCGACGAUUUCCUCAAGAUCCCCGGGUGCACGAAAGGGAAGCACUUGUUCGUCGGCCCCAAACCUUCUGGGAGGGAGGAGCUCGUCGAGGCCCGGGUGGACCACUACCAGACGCCGACCGAGGUCUUCGUCUCAGUGUACGCCAAGGGCGUCGACAAGGCCACCUCGAAGGUCACCUUUGGCCCGCAAUCGAUCGACCUCGACCUGCACCUCCCCGGCAACAAGCGUGUUAAGAGGACGCUGACGCUGUACGGCCCCAUCGUGCCUGAGAAGUGCAGCUAUCGUAUCCUGGGCACCAAGGUCGACAUUGAGCUUACCAAGCCCCAGCCCGCGAGCUGGCCGCUGCUCGAGCUCCCGCCCCCGGGCACCGAGCUGCCGCCCGGAUACGCCAUCACGUUCGGUGUCAGCGGCAGGACGGGCACGGUCGGCGGAAAGGAGAUUGUGCUCUCGGCCGAGGAGCAGGCGAAGCACGCGGCGAAGAACUAG